CAGCCUUUGAGUAUCACCGUGAAGAGGCUGAAUGAGACUACACCAGCACAGUCCACAUCACCAUUAUCUUUGUGGAAAUUAAACAGGAAGAGCCGUUCUUGGUCUGCCGGCCGUUGCCAAGGAGAAGGACUUGGGAGGCACGAGGGGAGGAUCUGAGGCCAGACGGUUCGCCUGCCUCCCCGUCUGCUUCAUUAUUUAAAAGUCCUGAGCAGAGCUGCCAAAGCCUGGACCGUGACGUCAGUCAGCAGGACACCAUUCAUAAUCCAUUACAAUGUGCACCUGUCAUGGGGUCCCAGCGAUGGGUUCAUGUCCAGUCCUUCCAUUCGUCUUACUGUUUUCUGCUUCUCUGUUGUCCACUGGCGACGGUGAUAAAGUGCUAGUUUACCCAAUGGAUGGGAGCCACUGGAUCAACAUGAAAAUCCUUCUGAAGGCUCUGUACUCCCGAGGGCAUCAAAUCACAGUGCUUCGCUCAUCUACCAGUUGGUACAUUUCUGAAUUCUCGCCCUAUUAUACGUCCAUCACAGUCCCCCAGGAGCAGUCCCAAAACAUAGAGAGCCAAACUUUCAUGACCUCUUUCUUAGAGACAUCUUUGGAGGUCCGUCGCAAUAAGGGCUCACUUUGGGCACUAUUUGAGUUUUACAGGAAUGUUUUCGACUUGGUUAAAGGAAACAAUCAAAUUGUGGCAAAGCUGAUCAGCAGUGUACUGGAGAACAAAACGCUGAUAAGGGAACUGAAGGAACCAGGAUAUGAUCUCUUUUUAACAGACCCUGUUUUUCCAGGUGGAGUGCUGUUGGCACAUUAUCUCAAGCUUCCCUUGGUUUUCAAUGUACGCUGGAUUUCUAUUGGAGAGGCACAUUUUGCCAUUGCUCCUACCCCAUUAUCCUAUGUACCCGCCGUAUUCUCACAUUGCUCUGACAAGAUGGAUUUUUUUCAAAGAGUCAGUAACAUAUUCUAUCAAAGCAUGUUGAUUUACAUGUACAAGUAUGUUUCCAGUCCACCAUACCAGGCUAUUUGUGAUGAUCAUUUUGGAAACAAUGUAAGCAUCAUGUCUCUAUUACAAAACGCUGAUCUCUGGUUAAUGCGGGUUGACUAUAUAUUUGAGUUCCCUCGUCCCACCAUGCCUAAUAUUAUCUAUAUUGGAGGCUUCCAAGGUAAACCUGCUAAGCCUCUUCCAUCACAUUUAGAAGAAUUUAUGCAGAGCUCCGGGAAAUAUGGGGUGAUUGUCAUGACUUUAGGAACCCUGUUGAAUGAUCUUGGCUCUGAGUUAUCAGAAACUUUUGCUUCAGCCUUUGCCAACCUCCCUCAGAAGGUUUUGUGGAGGCAUGCUGGUAAAAGACCAGCCACUCUAGGAAACAACACCAUGCUGCUUGACUGGCUGCCUCAAAAUGAUGUCCUUGGCCACCCUAAAACCAAAGCCUUUGUUACACAUGGAGGCACCAAUGGCAUCUACCAGGCCAUCUACCACGGCGUGCCAGUUCUGGGAAUUCCACUCAUCUUUGACCAAGACGACAACAUGGUGCGUCUGAAGGCACGUGGUGUGGCUGAGAUGAUUGAAGUUACAUCAACGGAUGUUGAGGCUCUGACAAGUGCUCUGAAGAACAUUGUGGACCCAAAAAAGCCCUACAAGCAGAAUAUGAUGAAACUGUCACAACUGCAUCACGACAAACCAAUUAAGCCUAUAGACAAUGCUGUUUUCUGGAUGGAACACGUCAUGAGGCACAAGGGUGCAUCACACCUGCGCACUGAGGCAUACAAACUGCCUUUGCAUGCUUAUUAUAAUCUUGAUGUGAUGGCAGUGUUUUUGGUGUUUGGUUUACUUAUAACUAAAUUCAGCUGGGCUUCCUGUAGAUGUAUUAUUGGAUGUUUCACAAUGAAAAAGAAAGCCAAGCUUGAAUAAAUAAGGAUACAAUAAAUGAAGCUUGGCACUGUAAAAGUCAGACAAAACCAGAGCAAGAAUUUACAUGACAUGCUUAUCAAAAGCCAAUAAUAUCUAGGUGUUUUAAGAAACAACUGAGAAAUGUAGAUAUAAGAUGCAUCUUUAUAUAUUCUAAUGAAAGUUAAAGAACAAACAAAAUAAAAUAAAAUAUGGGUGAACCUGUAGUUAAUCUAAUGUAUUCCUGACAAAUUUCACAUGUAAUAUGGUGGUAGCAGUUAACUUUUUAAAUGUUAAAUUUAAUUUUUAAAUGUCAAAUUAUUGAGAACUGUCUCUGUUAUUGUUUAGAAAAUGUGUUUUUUGUAUCUUUGUUUUUACAGUGAAGAA